AAAACGUGCGUCUGUGCUGAGUCAUGCAUUGUAGCUCACAAUAAUGAUAUCAAUACUAGCCUGGGCUGUCCUCAGUGAAUCUAUACGCUGCCCUCGGUUCGCUGUGCGAUGCUUCACGUAUGUCAGCGAAUGUCUUUAUCCUCAUCUCGAGCUUUCUGCGAUCUAACGGCAGGAGAGGAGCCAGCUGUCUGAGGCUGCCGGAUCUGUCCUAUAUCUCGCCUUAUGAUGAUCGCUGCGGCGUUUUUGGUCCUGUUAAGGCCGUACAGUAUUCAAUGUGUGCUGCUGUUAUUGCUGCUUUUGCUCGGAACUAUUGCGACUAUAUUGUUUUUCUGCUGCUGGCAUCGCAGGCUCCGUAAUGGAAAGCAUCCAAUAAAAUCUGUGCUCUCUGGACGCUCCAAGAGCCGCGUUGGCCUCCGAACGCAUCAUUUUCGAUCAGAGGGCUUCAGGCACAGUCCACGUCACUCGAGAAGGCUCAUUCAUGCUCGAGUGACAGAGGAAAAGCCCAAUCUGGUCGAGGUUCCUGACAGUGAACCUGAUUCAUCGUCGACUCUGAGGAAACGCAAAGUGAAGAAGAGAGUCCUGCCAGAGUUUUACCAGUCUGUGCAAGUCACCCCUACACGUAAACCUAGCUCCAGUUCGGGGAACCCUUCCCUGCACGGCUCCAUGUCUUCCUCGGCGGAUUUCUCGGACGAGGAUGACUACAGCGGUAAAUCCGGAUCGGCAUCACCGGCACCGGGGGACACUUUACCCUGGAACCUGCCCAGACACGAGCGGUCUAAGCGGAAAAUCCAGGGAGGAUCCGUGCUGGAUCCGGCGGAGAGAGCCGUGCUCAGGAUCGCAGAUGAAAGAGACAGAGUGCAGAAGAAGACCUUUACAAAAUGGAUAAACCAGCAUCUGCUGAAGGUACGAAAGCAUAUAAAUGACCUGUACGAAGACUUACGAGAUGGACAUAACCUGAUCUCACUGUUGGAGGUUCUGUCUGGAGACACAUUGCCAAGGGAGCGUGAUUUACUGAAGACUUUGCGGUUGGUGAGUGGGACAGAAGCAUGUGCAGUUGAGCAGCAUGGAGACACGGUGGAUGAUGAUGAUAAGGGGCCUCGGGAGAGAGGGAGGAUGCGCUUCCACAGACUCCAGAAUGUACAAAUAGCACUGGAUUAUUUAAAGAGGCGGCAGGUCAAACUUGUAAAUAUCAGGAAUGACGACAUCACAGACGGCAACCCAAAACUGACCCUGGGAUUGAUCUGGACCAUAAUUCUGCACUUUCAGAUCUCGGAGAUCCAUGUAACAGGGGAAUCCGAGGACAUGACGGCCAAGGAGAGACUGCUGCUCUGGUCCAAGCAGAUAACGGAAGGCUACGUAGGGGUACGAUGUGACAACUUCACAACCUCCUGGAGGGAUGGGAGGCUAUUUAAUGCCAUCAUACACAAAUACAGACCUGACCUGGUUGACAUGAGCCGUGUGUCAGCGCAGACCAACAGAUCAAAUUUAGAACAGGCGUUUUGCGUGGCCGAACAGCUGGGGGUGGCCAGACUGCUCGACCCAGAGGAUGUCGACGUUCAGUCCCCUGAUGAAAAAUCUGUCAUCACAUAUGUCUCGACGCUGUUCGAUGCCUUCCCCAAAGUACCCGAUGGUGUUGAUGGAAUCAAUGCUAAUGAUGUUGAUAUCAAAUGGGUGGAGUACCAGAACAUGAUCAAAUACCUCAGCCAGUGGAUCAAACACAAUGUGGCCAUAAUGUCAGAUAGAUCAUUCCCGAACAACCCUGUGGAACUCAAGGCACUUUAUACACAGUAUCUCCAGUUCAAAGAACAUGAAAUCCCACUGAAAGAAAAUGAGAAAACCAAAAUCCAAACUAUGUACAAAAUGCUUGAGAUGUGGAUUGAGUUUGGACGCAUUCAGUUACCCCCGGGUCAUCACCCGAACGACGUGGAGAAGGAAUGGGGUAAAUUAAUUGUUGCCAUGCUUGAAAGAGAGAAGAGCCUGAGGCCAGAGGUGGAAAGGCUUGAGAUGCUGCAGCAGAUUGCAAACCGGGUCCAGCGGGACUGUGUUAACGGCGAAGAUAGGCUGGCAUUGGCAAGGACGUCACUACAGUCUGAUGCAAAACGUCUGGAGUCUGGCAUUCAGUUCAUAAAUGAAGCUGAGAUUGCCGGCUACCUGUUAGAGUGUGAGAACAUCCUCAGACAACAAGUAGUGGACAUUCAGAUUCUUCUGGAUGGGAAAUUUCCAUUUGCAGAUCAACUUGUCCAAAGGGUAUCAAAACUCCGGGAUGAUCUUCUGGCCCUGAGAUCCGAGUGUUCCUCCGUGUACAGCCAAGGCCGCACCCUGACGACAGAACAAACCAAAAUGAUGAUCUCAGGCAUCACACAAAGCCUGAACUCUGGCUUCUCACAGAACAUUAACACAGGCCUGACACCAGCCCUUACUCCUGCACUCACCCCAGGCGGCUUAGGUACCCCUGGGUCCACAUUCACCUCUAGCCUUACGCCGUGCCUGACCCCAUCCUUGACCCCUGCCUUGACCCCCGGUCUGCAGCCUGCUUCAGUCCAGAGCUACAUGGGAAGUGGCGAUGGCAGCGGCAUGGACUCAAGUAGCCUCAGACAUUUGAAACACAUGCAGAUCCGGAAGCCCUUAUUGAAGUCCUCGUUGGCAGACUCGAACAUGACGGAGGAGGAGGUCAACAUGAAAUUUGUCCAGGACCUCCUGAACUGGGUGGAGGACAUGCAGUCACAACUGGAACGUUCAGAGUGGGGAUCUGAUUUGCCAAGUGUGGAAAUGCAUUUAGAGAACCACAAAAGUGUACAUAGAGCCAUUGAAGAAUUUCAAAUGAGUCUUAAAGAUGCCAAACUGAGUGAAAUUCAGAUGACCAUACCCCUGAAGAUGAGUUAUUCAGACAAACUGAACAAACUGGAAAAACAGUAUGACAGACUAUUGAGCUCUUCCAGAGAACGGCAAAGCCACCUGGAAAGUCUGCAUGACUUUGUGUCUCAGGCAACUCAGGAGCUGAUCUGGCUGAACGAGAAAGAGGAGGAGGAGGUUGCGUUUGACUGGAGCGAUCGCAACAGCCACAUCUCUAAGAAAAGAGACUACCAUGCAGAUCUGAUGAGGGAACUGGAUGAAAAAGAGGAAGCCAUCAAGUCUGUGCAGGACAAGGCAGACCGCCUAAUGCUCAAGAACCACCCAGCCAGGCUAACAAUAGAAGCAUACAGAGCUGCAAUGCAGACACAGUGGAGCUGGAUUUUACAGCUCUGCUCAUGUGUAGAACAGCAUCUCAAGGAGAAUGCAGUUUAUUUUGAGUUUUUCAGUGAUGCCAAAGAGUCCAUGGACUACCUUAAGAACCUGCAGGAUUCCAUACACAGAAAAUAUAGCUGUGAUCGGACAAGCAGCCUACACCGACUGGAGGAUCUCAUUCAGGAGUCCAUGGAUGAGAAAGAGCAGCUUCUUCAGUACCGCAGCACUGUCGCUGGGUUAGUGGGCAGGGCCAAAAACAUUGUGCAGCUCAGACCCAGGAACCCUGACAGUCCGGUACGAUCCUCCAUCCCUGUCAAAGCCAUCUGCGAUUAUCGACAGAUAGAGAUUACCAUUUAUAAAGAUGAUGAGUGCGUACUGGCCAGUAACUCUCACCGGGCGAAGUGGAAAGUCAUCAAUCCAGCAGGGAAUGAGGCCAUGGUGCCCUCUGUUUGCUUCACUGUGCCUCCACCCAACAAAGAGGCUGUUGACAUGGCGACAAGAACUGAGCAGUUGUACCAGAAUGUCCUGGCACUGUGGCAUCACUCCCACAUCAACAUGAAGAGUGUGGUGUCUUGGCAUUAUCUAAUGGCUGACAUACGAGCCAUCCGCAACUGGAAUGUGGCCUCAAUAAAGACCAUGUUACCGGGUGAGCAUCAGCAGGUCUUGAGCAACCUGCAGUCCCACUUUGAUGAGUUCCUGGAAGACAGCGAGGAGUCGGAGAUAUUCACGGUGGCAGAUUGUUCACAGCUGGAGAGAGACGUGGUGGCCUGCAAAGAGUACUAUCAGGAUUUACUGCGAUCUGCAGAGAGAGAGGAACACGAGGAGUCAGUAUACAAUCAUUACAUCUCAGAAAUACGCAAUUUCCGGAUGCAUCUGGAGGCCCAUGAAGAGCACCUCAUCAGGCAAAUCCGCACUCCACUGGAAAGAGACGAUCUGGAGCAGAGUCUGCAGCGCAUCACAGAGCAUGAGAAGAAGACGGCAGAGCUGAGUAAGUUGAAGGAGGAUCUGGACGUCAUGAAGGAGAAGUGUGAGCUGUUCCUCAGACAGGCUGCAGGUUCUCCGUCUAUACCAACACUUUCCUCUGAACUCACUGUCCUCAUCCAGAGCAUGAGCCAAGUUUACUCCAUGUCUUCCAUUUAUAUGGAUAAGUUAAAAACAGUGAGUUUAGUGGUGAAGCACAGCCAGCGUGCAGAGGCUCUGGUUAAGGCCUACGAAUCCAAACUCUAUGAAGAAGAUGCCAUGAACUCUGAUGUCAAAUCCAUCGAAAAUGUCAUUUCUACACUUAAGCAAUGGCGGACAGAGAUUGAUGAAAGGCAGGAGGUCUUCCAUGACAUGGAGGAUGAGCUGCAGAAAGCACGGGUCAUCAGUGAUCGCAUGUUUAAGGCCCACAAUGAGCGCGACUUUGACCUCGACUGGCACAAGGAGAAGGCAGACCAGCUGAGUGAGAGAUGGCAGAACAUUCACUCCCAGAUUGAUAGCAGGCUUCGGGACCUGGAUGGUAUCGGCAAAUCCCUGAAACACUACAGAGACUCCUAUUGCAGUCUUGAUGAAUGGGUGAGAGAAAUGGAAGCGGCACAGCUGAAGGCCCAAGACAACAAACCUGAAGAUAGCAAGGCGCUUGCUGAGCUCUUAAACAAACAGAAGGUUCUUGUUGCUGAAAUUGAACAAAAACAGAGCAGAAUUGACGAGUGUCAAAAGUACUCCGAGCAUUACUCAUCUGCCAUCAAGGAUUAUGAGCUUCAGCUGAUGACAUUCAGAGCGAUGGUCGACUCCCAACACAAAUCUCCGCUGAAGAAACGGAGGAUGCAGAGCUCUUCUGAUGCCAUUCAGCAGGAGUUCAUGGAUCUCCGAACCCGCUACACUGCUCUGGUGACUCUUAUGACACAGUAUGUGAAGUUUGCCAGUGAAACGCUGAAGAGAACUGAAGAUGAAGAGAGAUCUGUUGAUGAGGAGAAGAGAGAACAUGGUGAUAAAGUUAGCAAACUAUUGCACUGGAUGUCCAAUGUGAAACAGACCGUGAGCAAUGAUGGGAAUGCUCUGAAAGAUAGUAAUGCCAACACAGAUGCUUCUAAUAAGCCCCAGGUGUCAGUCGAGGAAAUGGUCACGAAAAAAGAACAGAUUGCAGAAGCACUGAGGGCCACGCAAAUGAUGCUGAACAAACACAGUGACAAAAUGACAGAAGAGGAGCGAGAAAAAGCCCAGGAGCAGCUCAACGCGCUCAGUCAGGCCUACAGCGAGCUCUCCCAGCAGUGUUCAGAUCAGACAACCUCUGCAGAAGAGUCUGUACUGGAUAGACAUAAGGAGUUUACAGAAAAGUUGGAGGAAGUGUGUGAUAACCUCACCCUGACGGAGAACCGACUGAUUGGUCAUCAGCAGCAGGCUGACAGUGCUGAGAGCGUCACAGACCUGCAACAGUACCAGCAGGAGCAUCAGGCUCUGCAAAAAGACGUGCUCACAAAUGCCAGUGCCUUAAAUGAGGUGAUCACCAGUACUAAAAAGUUUCUGGAGGAAAACCGAAGCAAACUGAAGCCUGAUCAGAUCGCCAUUAUUGAAAGCAAGUUGGAAGAGGCUAAAAGCAAAGCCACGCUCAACAACCAGCGGGCAGAGGAGUCCAGAAAAGAUUUGGAGAAGGUUGUUACAACAGCCAUAAAACAGGAGAGCGAAAAGGCAGCAGCUGUUGAAAGGUUUGAAGAAAGUAAGAACAAAAUCGAAGGUCUUCUGGACUGGAUUUCCAACAUAGGGAAUGAAAACAACAGCAGUCUGGAUCAAACUGACCAUAUAAGUAAAGAGAAUGGAAACCUGCCAGAGGAAACCUCGGCCAAGGGACUGAUAGGAGAGGAUGAUGAUGCAAAUGGAAACGCUUUCCAGACCACUGAAAACGAUGUUGGCAGAGAGACCAAGGACAAGAACGACCCAUCCCUGGACCUUGAUAAGCAGUACGAUAGGGUCAAGGCCCAUCAUCAGGAGAUUCUGUCCCAGCAGCAGGAUCUGAUCAUGGCCACCCAAUCAGCUCAGGCUCUGCUUGACAAACAAGCUAACGUGUUGUCACCAAAGGAGAAGGAGGCGCUGCAGAAGAACAUCCAAGAACUGAAGGAGCGCUAUGAGACCUCACUGACUCAGGCAGAGCAGCAGAUGAAGCAGGUGCAGUGCGUCCAGGAGGAGCUAAAGAAGUUCCAGGAUGACUGUGAGGAGUUUGAAGGCUGGUUAAACCAGGCUGAAGGAGAGAUUGAGGAGCUGGGAGCUCCUGCAGGCUCCCUCAAUAUCCUCAGUGACAAACUUCAGCGACAGAAAAGCUUCUCAGAAGACGUGAUCUCCCACAAAGGCGACCUUCGCUUUAUCACUAUUUCAGGACAGAAGGUACUGGAUGUGGCUAAAGCCUGCGGAUUGGCUGAACCUGCAGCGAAGAACACUCCACUGCAUGUGGAUACUUCAGGGACCUGUUCUGCUGUCAAGGAUAAGCUAGAUUCAGCUGCCAGCCGAUACAAAGCACUACAUUCACAGUGCAAUCAGCUUGGCAACAACCUCAAAGAUGUGGUUGACAAAUACAAAAAGUAUGAUGAUUCAAGUGCUGGUCUUUUGAAGUGGCUCAGCAGCUCAGAGGACGAGGCCAGAAAACAGCAGUCGGAGGCCAUAGCAGCUGAUCCUCAAACGCUACAGAAACAGCUGGAGGAUACUAAGGCUUUACAGGGUCAGAUGAUGGGACAUCAGACUGCUAUUGACACGUUACAUAAGACAGCCGAGUCUUUGAUAUCGUCUGAGGGAGACUUGCUGAGCAACCCAGAUGAGAUCCAGGAGACAGUAGAUGACAUAGCGGAGCGCUACGACAACCUUUCCAAGUCUGUAAGUGAUAGAAAUGAGAAACUGCAGAUCACGCUGACUCGCUCUAUGAGUGUCCAGGAUGGUCUGGAUGAGAUGAUGGGAUGGAUGGAAGGAGUGGAGGCCAGUGUAAAAGAGAAAGAGCAAAUACCCCUGGACUCUGCCUCUAUUGGAGAUAUCCUCAGCAAAGAAGCAGCAUUGGAGCAGGACAUAGCAAGUCGCCAGAGCAGCAUCUCAGCCAUGAAAGCCAAAGUAAAGAAGUUCGUGGAGACGGCGGAUCCCUCUGCUGCUGCACUUUUACAGUCGAAGAUGGACGCUCUCUCCCAGCGCUUCUCUGAUGCCUGUGACAAACACAAGCAAAAAGUUUCCCAACUGGAACAGCUGAAAGAAAAAGUGGAGCAGUUUGAGAACGUCGCUGAUAAAGUCCAGCAGUUUGUUGUGAAGCGUUCACAAGAUCUGCAUGAAACAGACGGGCCAGGGAAAACUUUCAAUGAACUGUCUCAGCUAAUGCAGGGCACUAAAACUGAAAUGGCUGAACAUGCCAGUGACUUGGAGAAGCUGCAGGCUCUGUCCAAGGAGCUGUCUGAAAUAAGCCCUGAUGGAAACAAAACCCAGAUGCAGGGCAAGAUCGACAACCUCACAAAUAUUUUCAGCACCUUCAAAGACACUGUCAAAGAAAAGGAAGAAGAGCUUUCAUCCUGUCAGGACCAGCUGGGAGAAUUCAGAUCUGCAGCCAGUGCUCUCACCCAGUGGCUGGAGGAGACCAAUGACAAAGUGCCUGCAGUUCAGCCAAGCAGCAGUGAGAAAAGCCUGGAAAGAGACCUGCAGAUAGUCACUGGAUUAUUAGAAGAAUGGACAUCCAAAGACCCCGCUGUCCAAGACCUGAACAGUAAAGGAUCAGCACUGUGCAGCCUGAUCACACAUCUAACCUCCCCUGCCAAGACAAAGACCCCUAAUAAGUCAGCUCUUACUAAUGGUGGUGGUCCAGCAAGUCAUACCUACCUAACCAAUAAAGAACUGAUGGUAAUACAGCAGAACAUGUCAUUCAUCAAUGAGGGGUACACAAACCUCGGGGAAACACUGAAGAGUCGAGCAGAACAGCUGAGUAAUCUUGUAAAGGAGGUGAAAGAGGCCCAGAAGGAGACGGAGGAAAUGAUGACAUGGCUGAAGGACAAGAAAAAGACGGCAGCAUCCUGGAAUAACGCGGUCACAGGGAAAGACUCUGUGAAAACACAGCUUGAACAACAGAAGGCAUUCGAAGAUGGCAUGAAGCAAAAGGAGGAGCAGCUCCAGAAGCUCAGAGAGAAGCUUCUCAAUUUGAUUAAGACGCAUCCAAACUCCCCCGAGGCAGCAAAAUGGAAGCAGAUGCUGACAGAAAUAGAUGCUGCUUGGGCGGAAAUCAGUGGUUCUGUAGAAGAGAGGAAGCAGCACCUGGAGCAGUCCAACAAAAAUCUGGACAUCUUCCAGACGACUGAGCUGCAGCUCGGACAGUGGCUUUCAGAGAAGGAGCUAAUGAUGAGUGUCCUUGGACCACUCUCCAUUGACCCAAACAUGCUUAAAAUGCAGAAGCAGCAAGUUCAGAUCCUCCAGAAUGAGUUCAAGAGCCGCAAACCUCAAUAUGAACAACUUGAGGAAGCUGCUUCAGCCAUUCUGUGCUCAUCAGAUAACCAGGACCCUUCAAGUGGGAAGCUGGUGAAGGAGCAGCUUGCUGCAGUGACUCAGAAGUGGCAAGGCCUCACAGGACAGCUGGACCAGCGAGACAGCCUCAUUGACCAGGCAGUGGUGAAGACUGGACAGUUUCAGGGGUUACUAAGGAGUCUCAGUAGCACCGCCACUCAGCUGGAGAAUCAGCUCACUAACCAUCAGGGCCACAGCACACAGCCCGAUGCUGUGAAGAAGCAGCUGGAGGAUGUCCAGAACAUCUCCACUCAGCUGAGAGAGGAGAGGAAGAAGCUGAAGGAGGCCGAGACCAUCAAUGCAGAGCUGACAGCGAUGGUGACUGAGGAUUAUCUCAAAGCAGACCUGGCCAGGCAGCUGGAGAGUGUCAGCAAGCCUUUCAGACAGCUGGAAGAGAAAGCAGCAAAGCGGAUCGAGCAGUUGAACUCAACUUUUGCCAGCUCUCAGCAAUUCCAUCAGACCUCCAAAGACUUCCAGUCAUGGCUGGGCGAGAAGCUCCAGAAUCAGUCUAAGCCCCUGCCCAUCUCUGCCAAAGUGGAUGUUCUGCAACAAACACUGGAGGAGCACAGUAAACUCCAGAAGGCUCUCAGUGAACACGAGGAUGCUUAUAAUACAAUCACUGGUGAAGGAGAGAUGCUUCUACACAACACUGAUGGUGCCGAAAAGCUGGCGCUACAAGGACAGCUCACUGCUCUUGCUUCCAACUGGGAGGAAGUGAAGAAGAGCUCCGCAGAGCAAGCCGACAAACUCCAAACUGCUCUACAGAGAUCUCAGAAGUAUCAGGAGCAAGCAGAGAAGUUGAGCUCUUGGAUUCAGGAGUGUGAAGCUAGUGAGAGCCGAGUCAAACUCACUGUUGAUCCUGUUACUGUAGAGAGCUCCAUUUCUCAGGUGAAAGCUCUACAAAAGGAUGUCGAUAAGCACAGGGGGCUGGUGGAACAGUUCAACACAGCUGCAGAUAAUCUUCUUGAGCUGGCCAACACAGACACUGAAGCUGUAAAAGAAGAGAAGGUUAGCAUUGGCAAAAGAGUGGACAAUAUGUUGGAAGGUCUGCAAAGCAAAAGGGAAUCCCUGGAGAAGAUCUCGCACACAGUUAAGGAAUUUAAUGAUGCCUACAAAGAGGCAAAGGGUCAGCUUGAAGGAGCUAAGAAGCAAGUGGAUACCUUCCAAUCACAGGGAGUACAGGGACACAGCAACAAGAACUUAACCAACAUGAAAGCCCAACAUAAAAGUUUAGAGGGAGUGCAGAAUCAAGUAGAGCACAUGAAGACCUUGGCCAAGGAUCUUGUGGUAGAUGUGCCAGAUGCUGAAGGUGUGACAGACCUCUUAUUGCAGGCAGACAGCGUAGAAAAAGACUACAGCAACCUGAACAAGAAACUUGAGGACACCUGCCAAGUGUUGGAGGGCAAAUUACAGGGUAUUGGACAGUUCCAAAACAGUAUCCGAGAAAUGUUUACGCGUUUCACAGAGCUGGAUGACGAGCUGGACAGCAUGCCUCCUGUGGAUCUUGACUUGGCCACUCUAAAAGAACAGCAGGAUAGCAUUCAGAGUUUUGUGGCUAAGCUGCAAGAGCUGAUGGCUAACACGGCCAAUGCCGGAGACAGCUGCAAGAAGAUGCUAGAGUCUGAAUCAUCACCAGACCUGUUAGGCCUGAAGAGAGAUCUGGACGCUCUGAGUAAGCAGUGUGGCAAACUGUUAGACCGAGCAAAAGGCAGAGAGGUCCAGGUGCAGAGUACUCUCACCAAACUGGAGGAGCUGUACAGUAAACUCCAUCAAGUGGAGGAUAAACUCGGCAGAGCUGUGGACAAGGAAGCAUCCCAGGAGGCGGUUGGCAUGGAGACAGAUGUGAUCAACCAACAGCUGGAGGCCUUUAAGGCUUUCCAGAAAGAGGACAUUGACCCAUUGCAGACACAGCUUCAAGGCAUCAACUCCCUUGGCCAAGGCCUAGUCCAGAAUGCUGCUAAAGGUACCAGCACUAAGAAGCUUGAAGAUGACAUGGAAGGUGUCAACUCAAAGUGGAAUACCCUCAAUAAAAAGAUUGCUGAGCGUUCAGCCCAGCUGCAUGAAGCCCUGUUGCACUGUGGGAGGUUCCAGGAUGCUCUAGAGUCCCUGCUCAGCUGGUUGACUGAUACCGAAGAGCUUGUGGCCAAUCAAAAACCACCUUCUGCAGAGUUCAAAGUGGUGAAGGCACAAAUACAGGAGCAGAAACUCUUACAGAGGCUGCUGGAUGACCGAAAACCGACAGUGGAGCUGAUAAAGAAGGAGGGAGGGAAGGUGGCAGAACUGGCAGAGUCUGUGGAUAAGGAGAAGGUUGCAAAAGAGAUCGAAUGCCUGGGGCAGAGGUGGGACACUCUGCUUAAGAAAGCUGAAAACAGGCAUAAGCAACUGGAGAGCAUCUUAGUGGUCACUCAGCAGUUCCACGAGACUCUGGAGCCUCUGAGCGAAUGGCUCGCAGCCACAGAGAAACACCUCGCCAACUCUGAGCCAAUAGGCACUGAGACAUCUAAGCUAGAAGAUCAGAUCACUCAGCAUAAGGCCUUAGAGGAGGAGAUUAUGAAUCACAGUAAAGACCUGUUUCAGGCUGUCAGUCUGGGUCAGAUGCUCAAAACCGUCAGCUCAGUGGACGAUAAGGAGUUUGUUCAGUCCAAACUGGAGACCACCCAGGCCAGUUACAUAGAGCUCCAGGAGCGAUGCAGGAGGAAAGCCGAGAUGCUGCAGCAGGCUCUGGUGAACGCCCAGCUCUUUGGAGAGGAUGAAGUGGCUCUCAUGAACUGGCUGAACGAGGUGCACGCCAGGCUGAGUGAAGUGUCCGUGGAGGACUACAAAAUAGACACUCUUGAAAAGCAACUGGCACAACAACGGGCACUUCAAAGUGAUAUUGACUUGAGGAAGAGAAAUGUCGACCAAGCCAUCGCUAAUGGCGUGGAACUGCUGAAGCAAACAACAGGUGAUGAGGUGGUCGUUAUUCAAGGCAAGCUGGACGGAAUAAAAACAAAGUACGCCGAGAUAAACUCCAUGAGUGACAAGGUUCUGAAGACACUGGAGCAGGUUCUGAGUCUCUCUUCUAAGCUACAGCACACUCAUGAGGACCUGAGCUCCUGGUUAGAGAAAGCAGAGGCUGAGAUAAACGCUUUUGCCGAUCAGGAGCCAGUGGGCGAACAGCUGAUUCAUUCACAAAGCAGGCAGAAGGCCUUGCUGAAAGAGACCAAAGAUCAGAAACCUGUGUUGGACAAGCUGAAUGAGCUCAGCAGUUCACUCCUGGAUCUGAUCCCCUGGCACACUCGUGAGGGUUUGGACAAGCUGGUGACUGAGGAUAACGAACGCUACAGAGCCGUCAGCGACACCAUCGCCGAGCAGGUGGACCAGAUCAACGCCGGCAUACUUAAGUCACAGCAGUUUGAACAGGCUGCUGACACCGAACUCUCUUGGCUGACUGAAGCUGAGAGGAAGUUGCUGUCGAUGGGCGAGAUCAGGCUGGAGCAGGACCAAACCACAGCCCAGCUCCAAGCACAGAAGAUUUUCUCCAUGGACAUCAUGAGACACAAAGAUGCUGUGGAUGAGAUCGUGAAAACAGGAAAGGCCAUUAUGAACAGUAAAAACCCUGAGGAGAAAGAAGCCUUGAAGGCCAAGACCCAGACUCUCUUGGAGAAAUAUGGUGCUGUCAGUCAGUUGAACUCAGAACGCUGCCUGCAGCUGGAACGAGCCCAAUCUCUGGCCACUCAGUUCUGGGAGACCUACGAGGAGAUGUGGCCGUGGCUUCAGGAAACAUUAAGCACCUUCAGCCAGCUGCCUCCACCUGCCAUCGAGUACGACACACUGAGACAGCAGCAAGAGGAGCUCAGGCAAAUGCGAGAACUGAUUGCCGAGCACAAGCCCCACAUUGACAAGAUGAAUAAGACCGGCCCUCAGUUACUCGAGCUCAGCCCGGUAGAAGGAGAGCCCAUGAGAGAGAAGUACACUGCCUCUGAUCGACUUUACACCAAACUCAAGGCUGAUGUCAAGCAGAGAGCUGCCACUCUGGAUGAAGCCAUCUCCAAAUCCACUCAGUUCCAUGAUAAAAUUGACCCCAUGCUGGAAUCCCUGGAGCGGAUUGCUGAACGCCUUCGCCAGCCUCCAUCCAUCUCAGUGGAGGUGGACAAGAUCAAGGAGCAGAUUACUGAAAAUAAGGCUGUCUCUGUGGAUUUAGAGAAACUGCAGCCCUCUUAUGAGACUCUGAAGCAACGAGGCGAGGAGAUGAUCGCGCGAUCCGAAGGAGCCGACAAGGACAUAUCUGCCAAAGCUGUACAAGACAAACUGGACCACAUGGUGUUCCUGUGGAACGACAUCCAAGCCUUGCUGGAGGAGCGGGAGGCAAAGCUGCUGGAUGUGAUGGACCUGGCAGACAAGUUCUGGUGCGACCACUGCGCUCUCAUCGUCACCAUCAAAGAUAGCCAAGACCUGCUGAGGGAACUGGAGGAGCCCGGAGUCGAUCCGUCAGUCGUCAAACAGCAGCAGGAAUUUGUGGAGGGAUUUAAGGAGGAGAUCGAUGGACUGCAGGAGGAGCUUGAUGUGGUUCGAAACCAGGGAGCAGAGCUUAUGACCGCCUGUGGGGAACCUGAUAAACCUGUAAUAAAGAAAAGCCUUGAUGAGGUGAAUUCAGCGUGGGAGAAUCUCAACAAGACUUGGAAGGAGAGAGUGGAGAGACUGGAAGAAGCCAUGCAGGCUGCUGUGCAGUUUCAGGAUGGCCUGCAGGGUAUGUUUGACUGGGUGGAUAUUCUGGAAAGCAAACUGGAUUCAAUGUCACCUGUAGGCACAGACCUGGAAACUGUCAAGCAGCAGAUUGUAGAGCUCAAGGAGUACAAAGGAGAAGCGUACCAGCUACAGAUUGAGAUGGAGCGUCUGAACCACCAGGCUGGCCUCCUGCUGAAAAAGGUGACCGAGGAGGCCGACCGCUGCGCAAUCCAGGAGCCCAUGUCUGAGCUCAAGAUGCUGUGGGACAACCUGGAUGAGAAGAUCAUCAGCCGGCAGCACAAACUGGAGGGGGGCCUGCUGGCUCUGGGCCAGUUCCAGCAUGCACUGGAUGAGCUUCUGGCCUGGAUGAGCCACACUGAGGAGCUUCUAAAUGAACAGAGAAAGGCUGGAGGAGACCCCAAGGCCAUCGAGAUCGAGCUCGCCAAGCACCACGUUCUCCAGAUAGAUGUGUUGGCCCACAAGUCGACUGUGGAGACGGUGAACAAAGCCGGCAAUGAUCUGGUGGAGUCCAGCGCUGGAGAGGAAGCUUCAAGUCUGCAGAGCAAACUGGAGAAUCUGAACCAGAGGUGGAAGGCAAUCCAGGAGAAGACGGAGCAGAGGAAGCAACAGCUGGAAAGUUCUCUGCUUCAGGCCCAAGGUUUCCAUGGUGAGAUAGAAGAUAUGCAGCAAUGGCUGAAAGACACAGAACGUCAGCUGUUGGCAUCAAAGGCUGUGGGAGGCUUACCAGACACGGCUCGGGAGCAGCUUAACGCCCAUCUGGAGUUGUGUUCUGCCUUCGAGGCAAAGGAGGAGCUGUAUCAGGAGCUGCUGAAGAAGGGUCAGCAGCUGCUCACCAUGACGCCCGAGGGUCCAGACAGCAACACCGAGCAGGACCUCAGCAACCUGAAGGAAAAAUGGGAGUCAGUGCAGGCGAAGGUUGCGGAAAGAAAGACGAAACUCGAGGAAGCUUUAACGCUGGCCACAGAUUUCCACAACUCUCUGCAGGACUUCAUCAACUGGCUAACCCAGGCAGAGCAAACGCUUAACAUGGUUUCACCCGCUUCCCUCAUCCUGGAGACCAUCAUGUUUCAGAUUGAUGAGCAUAAGAUGUUUGUGACGGAGGUUAACUCCCACAGAGAGCACAUUAUUGAACUGGACAAGACCGGAACACAUCUGAAAUACUUCAGCCAGAAACAGGAUGUGGUCCUGAUCAAGAACCUGCUGCUCAGCGUGCAGGGCCGCUGGGAGAAGCUGGUGCAGAGGUCUGUUGAGCGAGGUCGUCUGCUGGACGACGCCAGAAAGAGAGCGAAACAGUUCCAUGAAACCUUCAAUAAACUGAUGGAGUGGCUGGAUGAAUCUGAGAAGACUCUGGACUCUGAAGUGGAAAUUGCCAAUGACCCAGACAAAAUCAAGAUGCAGCUGGCACAGCACAAGGAAUUCCAGAAAGCGCUGGGCAGCAAACACUCUGUGUAUGACACCACCGCUCGAACAGGGCGUUCCCUGAAAGACAAGACCUCCCUUCAGGAUGAUAAUCAGAAGCUGACCGACAUGCUGAGUGAACUGAGGGACAAAUGGGACACAGUUUGUGGCAAAUCAGUGGAGAGACAAAACAAGCUGGAGGAGGCUCUGCUGUUCUCCGGACAGUUUACAGAUGCUCUCCAGGCUCUCAUUGACUGGCUGUACAGAGUGGAACCUCAGCUGGCUGAGGACCAGCCCGUACACGGAGACAUAGACCUGGUUCUCAACCUGAUAGACAACCACAAGGCUUUCCAGAAGGAGUUGGGAAAACGGACCGUAAGCGUUCAGGCGCUCAAACGUUCGGCCAGGGAGCUGAUUGAGAGCAGUCACGAUGAUUCCUCUUGGGUCAAAGUCCAGAUGCAGGAGCUGAGCACUCGCUGGGAGACGGUUUGCAACCUCUCGGUGUCUAAACAGGCCCGACUGGAGCAGGCCCUGUGCCAGGCUGAGGAGUUUCACUCCACUGUUCAUAUCCUGCUGGAGUGGCUGGCUGAGGCAGAGCAGAGUUUGCGUUUCCAUGGCAGCCUGCCUGAUGACGAGGAGGCUCUGCGGGCACUUAUUGAACAGCACAAGGAGUUCAUGAAGAAAUUGGAGGAAAAGCGAGUUGCUCUAAAUAAAGCAACUAGUAUGGAGGCCAUUCUCAGCAUCUGCCAUCCAGACUCUAUCACCACCAUCAAGCACUGGAACACCAUCAUUAAAGCCCGGUUUGAGGAGGUGCAGGCUUGGGCCAGACAGCACCAGCAGCGACUGGCCACAGCCCUCACUGAGCUGUUAGCCACUCAGGAGCUGCUGGAGAAUCUUCUGACGUGGCUGCAGUGGGCUGAAACCAACCUCAAUGAUAAGGACAAGGAACAGCUGCCUCAGGAAAUCGAAGAGGUCAAAAGCCUCAUAGCAGAACACCAGGCGUUCAUGGAGGAAAUGACCAGGAAGCAACCAGAUGUUGACAAAAUCACCAAGACACACAAAAGGAAGGCUGCUGUGGAGCCCCAAAUCCAAUCUCAGAUCCCUGUUCUGGACAAAGGAAGAGCUGGAAGAAAACGUUCUCCCACACAAACGAUGUAUGCGUCAACCACACAAGCUCCCAUUGAGACCAAGAACCCGAGGAUUAACCUGCUGGUGACUAAGUGGCAGCAUGUGUGGCUGCUGGCUUUGGACAGAAGGAGGAAACUCAAUGAUGCUUUGGACAGACUGGAGGAGUUGAAGGAAUUUGCCAAUUUUGAUUUUGAUGUGUGGCGGAAACGCUACAUGCGCUGGAUGAACCAUAAAAAGUCUCGUGUCAUGGACUUCUUCCGCCGCAUUGACAAAGAUCAAGAUGGCAAAGUGACCCGGCAGGAGUUCAUAGAGGGCAUCCUGUCCUCCAAAUUCCCCACCAGUCGUCUGGAGAUGAGUGCUGUUGCAGAUAUAUUUGACAGGGAUGGCGACGGCUACAUUGAUUACUAUGAGUUUGUGGCAGCUCUUCAUCCCAACAAGGAUGCUUAUAAACCACUAACAGAUGCUGACAAAAUUGAAGAUGAGGUCACACGUCAAGUGGCAAAGUGCAAAUGUCCAAAACGAUUCCAAGUAGAACAAAUCGGCGCCAACAAAUACCGGUUCUACCUUGGAAACCAGUUUGGAGACUCUCAGCAGCUUCGUCUGGUGCGGAUUUUACGCAGCACUGUGAUGGUGCGGGUGGGAGGAGGCUGGAUGGCUCUGGAUGAGUUCCUGGUGAAGAACGACCCCUGUAGAGCUAAAGGCAGGACCAAUAUGGAGCUGCGAGAGAAGUUCAUCCUCCCAGAGGGAACCACGCAGGUGAUGGCGAGUUUCCGGUACAGAGGUCGGAGGUCUCGGCCGUCGUCCAGAGGAGCUUCUCCCAACAGAUCCACGUCCAGUCAGAGCUGUCCGGUGCCAUCACACCAAGCCCUGACCAGCACACCCAAGACUCCCCAACACAUAACCCGCAAUUAUGAUAAGCCAUGGCUUACAAACAGCAAACCCUCCACUCCUCUUAAAUCAUCAGACUCCUUCGGGAGCCAAGGUUCAUCCUCAGAGAAUUCUGCGGUUCAAGGCAGCAAAUUGCGUCUUCCUGGGUAUUUGUCUGGCAAAGGGUUUCAGUCUGGUGAGGAGGGAACCUUGAUCAGUGCUGCUGUACUGAAAGCUCGAACACAGACAAUAGGCGGUGAGUAGAACUUCAGUAAAUCACUGCGUGAAUGUGAAUGUGGCCCCACGUCUGCUGGAUGUAUAAACAAGAACUGCCUGCUAAACAUGUCAAAUUAGAAGGUGAUUAUAUGUCAGCGAGUUUGUCAUUUUAAAAGAUGCUUGUCAGUAUUUUCUGAGUCACAGAUCUACAGUACUAGCAGCAGACCUCAAACCGACAACCAUUGGCAAAACACAGAAAAUUCGAAGCUGCCUGUUAAUAAUCGUCCUUGAUUUAAUGUUUCCAGAGUCAAGAAAAAUUCCAGCCGGCCAGGAAGUAAAGCCGGAAGCAGAGGAAGCAGUCGCAGAGGAAGUGACGCCUCUGACUUCGACAUCUCGGACAUCCAGUCUGUGUGUUCAGAUGUGUCUGAGACGGUUGGAGAGUCCACCAGAGCGACGCCGAGAUCUGCAUCCCGACAACACGGAGGAAAGCCCUCCAAGAUCCCCACUCCUCAAAAACGAACCACUCCCACGAGCAAACUGGCCAAGGGAUCCAAGCGAUAGUCAGUGGCCUUGAAAACAAACAACCCAGGAGCUAGCUGCACCCGAAACACAUAAUGGACACUGGAGAUGUUGAAUUUAAAAGACUGCAAAUGUGUUGAGUGUUAUUUAAAUCGUUGCGAAGAUGUAAAAUAUUCUGUUAAGAGGCAAUAUGGUUUAAUAUUAUGUGAGAAUGGAAUGUUAAUGGCCUUGUGUAUUUGUUUUUAAUGUAUUUUAUUUUUUGUGAAAAAUGUCAAAUUGUUUUUAUUGUAUUUUAUUUUAUUUAUGCAAAUCCUGUAGGUUUGGUGAACACUAGAAAAUCUGGGAAUGAGCAAGUGGAACGGUUAACUAACAUUUCUACACACUAAUGAAGGGCAAAAAUGUGGAAUAGCUUCUCUGAGAGUUACUGAAUGUACUGUAAUUUAUGUAUGCUGAUGUUUGGAGUAGAUGGUGCUUUAUGGUACCAUUUGAGGCACUGCAAUUAUCUAUUUAAGUGCUAUGUUAUACUGCCAACUUGCAUUUAAAGGGCAAUGCAAUAUACCACAGUAAACCCCACUAAGCACUGCAGAAACCUUUGAGAAAACCCUAUUUAAGACAAGUAGCAAAGACCUCGUAAUCAUGAAGCUUUCAAGUCCUGUUCGUUUGUCAGCAGCUGCAGCCCCUCUUUGGUUUGACCACUUCACAGCAACGUGUACAUUGACCCUGAAGAGGUGCCACUCUAUGUAGACAUUCUCUGUGCAUCCAUGUCAAUGUAUGGUUCAUUUCGGUAGAGCUGAAAUUGUUACUGUAAUAUUACUUUGUAAUAAACCCGCUUGCAGAAAGCCACCAGA